AGUCUCUUCAUCUCGAGCUCAUUAUUUAACGGCUGCCUGAGGCGCGAGGGAGGGGGGCGCGCGCGCUCUUUCAACAAUGAAGAUUAAGGAGGCGAUUGCCGCUUUGUGUAAAGUGCUCGUCGGGAUACGGUUCAGGGAUGGGGCGGCCACUGUAGCUGAUGUCAGUCCGGAGAUGUUUCGCAAGGCCAAGUUCAACCGAAAUGAAGUGACAACUGAAUUCUGGAAGUUGCUGCAUUGGCUUCUGAAGCUACUCAAUGAACACAGGCCCUCUGAGGCUUCAGAUUUGGCUGACCAGAUUAAAUAUGUGAAAGCUGCAGUUUGCUACUAUGGUUAUGGAUUCAUGGAUUUCUACCAGCUGCCCAUGGAUGGCAGUCUGGGUAGUCAAGAUCUCCUUUUGGCUUUCUCAUGGCUGCUACAGAGAAUUCACCUGUUGGAGCAGCUGCUGAAUCUGCAUAGACUACAGUUGGAAGAUAGAGCAUCACUCUGCAUGUGCAAACAGACUCUACCAUUCAGCCCCAUGGAGAGAUCAGACCUUCAGGAAAGCAGGCACCCAGUGGAGAUGGAUGUGCGAUAUCUGCAGUCUUUAUAUGGGAAGCUGCGUUUCCGCUGGAGAAAUCUUUACAGUGCUCAGCAGGAGAGGUGUACUGCCCUUUAUAAGAUCCAUUUGUACACCAAAGGAUGUAGCAGCAGCCAGAGCUUUGAUCAUUUGUCUGCAACCGAGGCACGUCUGACCCAAGAUCAUGAACAGUACACUGAGUUUGUGCAGCUGCUGGAGCGCGAGAACGUACAAUUGGAGGCAUACCUGGAAUGGAAGCGGCUAGAGCCCAUAUAUUGGCAAUGGAUGGAAAGUGUGCUGUCUGCCAAGCUGCAGGAAACCCAAGAGCUGCUGAAUGUUGACAUUACAACUGUCACUGUCCCCUCAUUCAAUCAGAGGGAGAAUUGCAAGGAACCGGAUAUCUUCAGGGAAACAAACAAACUUUACAAUGAGCUACUGAAGCUGCAGUCAGAGCUACAGGACCGGAGAAGGAUGAAGGAUGAAAGGAUUAAAGACCAGGAGCGAACUAUGGGAGAUCACAUAGGAUGGCAUAAAGCAGUGUUCCUGACAUGUGGUGAUGUGGAGCAGAAACUGGCAGCAGUACAAUCCAGAAUGAGCCAGGAGAGAAGACGACAUGGUGAAGUCAGAUUGGCAUUGAGAAUCAACUCUACUCCCACUCCUAUCAGGAGUGGACCUCCCACUGCCCAACAACAUAACCGCUCAGGGAGUCUCACUGCAUUAGAAAUGAUCGCACAGCUAGAAGCUGAAGCGAUCCUAUUAAAGGAGGAACUCCAAGAACUGCAGCAACUUUCCAAAGAGGCUCUUGGAGAGAUUUUGGAGCAUCUGGAUGGAGUGAUAUGCAUUCCACCAAUGCAGCGAUGAGACUCUGGGAAUUCAUAGACAAGUUAGUGACAAUGCAGUGACAAAUGGGCAGAUCACAUACAGGCCAUUUCUGCUUACUACUGUCACUCAUGGAUUUGUUCUCUGCAGUAAGACAAUACAUCCAUAGGCAUCUGAUCUUGGUUGUGUUAAAAGGUCCUAAUGGGGAGACUCAGUUUAUGUAUGGUGUAUCAGAGAUAGACAGGAAGAAUUGUUGGGCAUGUUAUGGUUUUAAAAAGACAAAAAACAUUAAAGAAUCAGUCAGUCAUGA